UGGUGUUUUAUGAUAAUAAUAAAUAAAUGUAUGAUUAUUGCGAAAUAAUGAUCAAUUUAUCGCGAUGAUAAUCAGUAUUUUUAACUAGUGCAAUAAUAUUAUUGAAGUCAAAGACGGACUCUUAAUUUGAGCACAUUUAGCAUAGCUAACUUAGUGCAAUCUACCUGCAUCGUCGGUCAUAUUUUCGUAAAUAAUUAUUGUGGCUGAUCGUAUCUUUUUUACUUUAAAUGGACCUUUAUGUUGUUUAUAUAUUGUGAUGCGUAAAAUGUACGUUUGCUUUUGAUUCUGUAUUUCUCCAGAUUUUUUGGAUUAUUAUUGAUCUAAUGAGUUGACGUGAGUUUCAAAAUGACAUCGUUCGCAAAUAUGACGCAGUCUCUCGCCGCGAGUUUGCCGGCCACCUCUAAUUCGGCGACCGGUGCCAAACCUGCCAACCAAGAAGACCCUAUGGCGAUGUCGCACCUGCUCUGCAAUCUCUUUGAUACCAUCAACAAGCCACCAAACCUCCAGCCGACCGCAACCGCUACCGCGACGUCUACCAUACCCUACGAUAUCUGGGCUCUUCCAUCAUGUAGUUCGUUACAGAACGCCACUGCACCUAACAUGCGUGAGUACAAUACUGUUUCCAAUAAUUACCAUCAAAACCAUUCUAAAGAAGAUAAUUCUAGCGGGUCUCCCGGCACGUCGUCAUCAGUCUCGAUAACAUGUUUCCGCUGCGAAGAACGCAAUCCUACCACCCGAUGCCUUGAAUGUAACGACCUUUUUUGUCAUGAAUGCUGUCACAAAGUAACCUCUGACUGCCAACUAAGAGAGCACACUCUGCUGCCUAUUCACCAAAUAUCACCUAUUGGUGCUCGACCGAACUCUGUCACGAAUGAUAAAGAAGUUAUAUAUUGUGAGGUCCACGGCGAUCCCGUUAGAUAUUACUGCGAAGCCUGUACGAUUUCUAUAUGCCAAGAAUGUACUUUAUGGCUACAUAGAGAUCAUUGCCUUUCACCUAAAAAAGGUACAAUCGAUAUGAGUAGAAUUGGAGUUUUUAGAGCAAUAGAAGAUACAAAAACUGGAACGAAGGCUAUUAAAUCUGCCAUAGAUCGUGCAGUAGCAAUGACGAAAGCUUACGAAAAGGAAACUGCAGAAGCUAAUAUGAAAAUUCGUAAAGCCAUGCGUUGCUUCGCGCAGGCCAUUGAAGAUCGAGAAAAAUAUUUGUUAGAUAAGGUAGAAAAAAUGCGUCAAGCCAAGUUGAAUGAGUUAACAGAACACUUGAAUACACUUCGUGGUAUCCUCUCUGGUUUAGCGCAUACUAAUGAAAGUCUAGUUCGUGGUAUGGAUUCUGAAGGUGUUAAUCUGUAUAAGAUCAAAGCAAAAGGAAGAGCGCAAGUUGAAUAUUUUUCUUCUGUGUUUAAAAAUAUGUAUGUCAUGGAAGAGCGCAUUAUGUUUAUACCGCCUAAUUAUGACUUAGUUGACCAAAUAAAAAGGCAAUGUGAUGUCCAAUCUGUUCCUGUAAAUUCUCUGCAUUUUUUAAGUUCGUCCUCUUCACUACAGUCUCGACAGUCGCUACUCCAUUCAUUACAAUCUGCUCAAACAUAUACUCCAUUAUCUUAUCAUAUGCCAGUUUCCAAUAGCCUACGAUCGUUACCCGAUUAUUCAAAUAGUCAUACACGAUUAACAAAUUAUUAUGAUCACAGUAUCUCUACUAGUAUAGCUAUGGACUUUAAUUCAGCACGCGGCAUUGGGCAAGCUAUACCUGGAUACUGGACGUUGGUUUCAGUGAAACCUACUCGAAGCCCGGUAUCUGGAGUUCCAAUGUUUUCUUUUGGGAGAGAAGGUCAAGAUGAAGGUCAAGUAUCGAGGCCCUGGGGCUUGUGUGUAGAUAGAGAAGGAAAUAUAAUAGUUGCAGAUAGAAGAAACAAUCGCAUACAGAUAUUCAAUAGUUAUGGAGAGUUUAGAACAAUGUUUGGAUCUAAAGGAACUGGCCCAGGAGAAUUCGACCUUCCGGCUGGUAUAACUACAGACAUAUAUGGGCGUAUAAUAGUCAUUGAUAAAGACAAUCACAGAGUUCAGAUAUUUACAUCUUCAGGUAACUUUAUCCUAAAGUUUGGUUCCUUCGGCAAAGAGUGUGGUCAAUUCCAAUACCCAUGGGAUGUCGCAGUUAAUACAUUAGGUAAUAUAGUAGUGACUGAUACCCGUAAUCAUCGCAUUCAGCUAUUUACCAGUGAUGGUACUUACAUAACCAAAUUUGUUUUCGAAGGAGCUAAUCCCGCCAAAAUGCUGAAAGGUCCAACAACUCCGAGAGGUAUCUGUUUCACAACAUCAGGAAAUAUCAUAGUAUCUGAUUUUGAAAAUCAUCGCUUGUUAAUGGUCGAUCCAACACUAUCGAAAGUUCUUAAUUGCGUAGGUAGAGAAGGUUCGAGUGUCGGGGAACUUAAUCGCCCAUCUGGAAUCGUAACAGAUGAUGAUGGACAUAUAAUUGUAGCCGAUUCGAAGAAUCACCGUGUACUUGUUUUUACAUCGGAGUUGCAAAUUUUAUGGGCUGUGGAUUUAAAGAGCCCUGGGUUAGACGAUAAAGAUCGUCCAAGCGACGUAGCUCUUACAACAGACGGGUUCCUUGUUGUAUUGUUCGAGACCUUACCUGACACCGCCCGCGACAUUACAUCCCACGGCAAGCAAUACAUCAAAGUUUAUUAAUAAAUGGUAAUAGCUGAGUGGAACUAACAAUAUAGACCUCAGGUCUAUUUACUUUAUUUUUGUUUUGUUUAAUUUGUGUUUAAUUUCAUAAUGUGCCAAUUUUAUUAUUAAUGUUUCGGAAAUCAGGAGCGAGCUUAGCUUGUGGGGCGAUUUUGUUUUUUUCAUAAUAAUAUGUUACGAGCAAAUUAUUUUUCCUUAAAUUCUUUUAAAAAUUUUCGUUACCAUAUUUUUUUUAUUUCAUUUUUGCAUGAGACUAGUCUUUAGAGACCAAACUUUGUUUACAAUGUUUAAUUACGCGACAGUUUCGACCGA